AUGAAAUACUACAGCAUGUUCUUUCUAAGAAGAAGAACGUGGAUAUUAAAAGCUGUUCUAAUUUUGACCGCUCUGUGGUUUAUGAUUGCUUUAUUGACUACAAAUGGUGGUACGCGAAAUGCUAUCGGAGCACCCAAUAUUGAAUAUGAAGACGCAGAAGCAAAACCUCUUAAAAUGGCAAAGCCCACGUCUACGAAAAAGAAAAGUGAUCCAUACAGCAACAACUUGUCUGACGCUCGAGUCAAUUGGAUGGGUCGGAUCGCGGGGAACGAAGGGUUAGGAGUAAUUGCUGCUCCUGGUUCGGACAACGCACCGGGCGAACUGGGAAAACCGGUCGUUCUACCAACUAAUAUGAGCGAGGAUGCAAAACUAGCGGUGUCCGAGGGAUGGAAAAAAAACGCCUUCAAUCAGUACGCCAGCGACUUGAUAUCGAUUAGACGGACACUACCCGACCCUAGGGACGAGUGGUGCAAGCAACCCGGUCGUUAUUUAGAAGAUCUUCCGCAAACUUCUGUUGUUAUUUGUUUCCAUAAUGAGGCGUGGUCGGUGCUUCUCAGAACUGUUCAUUCAGUUAUAGACAGAUCUCCUGCACAUUUAAUAAAGGAGAUUAUUCUCGUCGACGACUUCUCUGAUAUGCCACACUUGAUGCAACAACUCGAUGAUUAUAUGUCCUCGUUGCCGAAGGUUAGGAUAGUGAGAGCAACUCAACGAGAGGGUCUCAUUAGAGCGAGGCUGCUAGGUGCUAAAUACGUCACAGCGCCAGUACUAACAUAUCUCGAUAGCCAUUGCGAAUGUACUGAGGGUUGGCUAGAACCACUUUUAGAUAGAAUUGCUCGCAACAAAACGAAUGUAGUGUGUCCUGUUAUCGACGUAAUUGACGACAAUACACUCGAGUAUCACUACCGAGAUUCUACUUCAGUAAACGUUGGUGGCUUUGACUGGAAUUUACAAUUCAAUUGGCACCCAGUACCCGCAAGGGAGCGAGCUAGACACAAACAUACCGCUGAACCAGUAUGGUCUCCGACUAUGGCUGGUGGUCUCUUUGCUAUAGAUAAAGAGUUCUUCGAAAGGCUCGGAACUUACGACAGCGGAUUUGAUAUAUGGGGUGGAGAGAAUUUGGAACUGUCAUUCAAAACGUGGAUGUGUGGUGGCACGCUGGAAAUAGUUCCUUGCUCGCAUGUCGGUCACAUAUUUAGGAAACGAUCGCCAUACAAGUGGAGGACCGGAGUUAAUGUUCUCAAGAAAAAUUCCGUCCGCUUAGCUGAAGUAUGGUUGGACGAUUAUUCAAAAUAUUAUUAUCAGCGGGUCGGCAACGACAAGGGUGACUACGGCGAUAUUAGUGGUAGGAAGGCGUUAAGAGAAAAACUUAAGUGUAAAUCAUUCGACUGGUACUUAAAGAACAUUUACCCAGAACUGUUCAUACCGGGAGAAUCCGUAGCACACGGAGAGAUUCGAAAUAUUGGCUUCGAAAGGACAUGUCUGGACUCCCCAACGCGGAAGUCCGAUCAUCAUAAGCCAGUAGGACUAUACCCGUGUCACCGACAAGGAGGAAAUCAGAUUCGCAACGUGCUAUAUGGACGUUGUAUUGUUGGUGAUUCUGAAGAGGCGUCACACGAAGUUCUUAUAAUGAUUCACAGUUGUCACGGCGCUGGUGGCAAUCAGAUCGCGAAUCCCUCUACGGAUAUGUGCGUGGACUCAGCCGCUGGGCCCGAAGACAUGAAGAAGCCAGUCAACCCUUGGCCUUGUCAUGGAGAAUAUGGGAAUCAGUACUGGAUGUAUUCGAAGAAUGGCGAGAUACGUCGUGAUGAGACCUGCCUCGACUAUUCGGGUCACGAUGUUGUUUUGUACCCCUGUCAUGGGGCCAAGGGUAAUCAAUUAUGGCUGUAUGACCCCACUACGAAGCUAAUAAAACACGGCUCGAGUGAAAAAUGUAUGGCUAUAUCACGGAAGAAGGACAAGAUUGUAAUGGAAACGUGCAACGAAAGGGAGAAUAGGCAACAGUGGAAUAUGGAAAACUUUAACGCUGACAGACUCAGUCCAGAAUUGACGGCAGAGUAG